CGCAUGAAUAUGUGUCCGAUAAAACGUGACGAUGUGUGUGUCCCCUGCGUGUAUGCAUCAUAUCGACAGCAAAGACACAUCCCCCACCCCUCAGUCAGUCAAUCGAUGCCCCCCACAAGCAACACAUUCUCCAGGGUUGUGCCGGGGGACGCAAAACGCACCAGUGUGGCAUCGCUGUAGCCGUGUGCACGCAACCAUGACACCCUACAUGCACACACAAAGCAUGGGGGUGCACCGACCGAUCGAUGUGCGUUGGGCCUGCUGCACCGACCUGGCAAUGUCCAGCAGCCGCUUGAUCUUCAUGCCCGUCUCUCGUCUCCACCCCUUUGCACCUGUCCCCCACCUGGCCGCAUACACAAUGUCACACCCACAUAGUAUGUGCAUAGACCCCAUACUCAUCGGUCGCUCACCCAGCACAUGCCGCCAACACGGGGAAGUCUUCUUUGGUCAGGCCAAGGUCCGUCAGGAACUCUUUCCCGGUGAAGAGAGACCAUUCGCAGCGGUGGUGGCAGCACGGAGCAGCAAUGAUCCGCAUCGACGGCACAUGCUCCCUGCUUGGCGCGUCACGCAAUCCCUCAUGAGCAUUGUGCAUCGAUCUUCAGGAGGACAAGCACGAGAGAGACAGAGAGUGUCGAUCAGCAUGGGUGCAAAAGACAGAGUGUGGCACGUCACCUGAGUGCGAUGUCUGUCCCGCAGCCGCAUAGAUGUUUGGCCAGCCCCACACACUGGUUAGCACGCCAGCCGUCAAACACCUCACCAAGCUUCUCCCACGCCCUGCAACCACACAGAGAGGGUCUUGGGCAUUCCUUCUCCUCUCCCUCCCUCCCUCCCUCCCUCUUUCAUCUGCUUACCUGUCUGCCGUUUGUCCAUGGCCCUUGGGGGCCAGUUUGAGUAUCUGUUGGUACAGCUGGUGCUGCUGCUCCUCUCCGCUGGCCGAGGGGUCGACCAGGCGCCUUUCUCGGAGGAUGCGGGUAAGCCAUGCAGGCGGGGUGCGGCACAAUCGCCUGGAAAGACAAGGCAGCUCACUGAGCCCCCGUGAGUAAGGCACUCGUGCUGUCCCUGCCCACCUGUUCAACGAUGCUGUGUCGCCGAGGCAUGCCAGCCUGAGAAGACCUGCCCGUUUGCCAGGGGAGGCGUUGUCAAAUGGGCGAUGCUCUGCCGCUCCUGACUUACUUUUGAGGUCGAAGUGCAGCAGGUCUGAUCGAAGCCGAAUGGUCCGCCGCUGGGCCCAAUCAGCGCCUGACAUCCUGAACAAACGACACGAAACAUGACCCACAAAGACACCUUGCAGCCUGCCACUCUUCUGUGAGUUUACGUUUCGUCUCGCCCGUCCCGUUUGAAUCGCCUCUUCUCGCGCUCGACAAGCACAAACGCAGGACCGCCCGUGUCAGAUUGCACGUGUGGUGCAGAGGCCAUGAGGAACCACCGACAGAGACCACCCUUCCCUGCAGAAACACGCGCAGCAGCAUUUGAUGUUUGUACGUCAAAUGUGUGUGUGUGUGUGCUAGUUCAAUACCAGCUCCGAGCUCCACGAAAACAGCCCUGCUCCACCUGUCGGUUGGUCUGAACCAGCCCUUGGCAGCCGCAAUAGUGAGGAUGUUGGCCGCCUGCAGCUCGUGCUUGUCCAUGUGAUCGAACCAGCCAUGGUGUCGCGACUGGGUCGGUGCAUCAGCACAUGAAGUCCCGUCGUCUCCCCCACUCGCCCGGUCCUCAGAGCCAGCUGCAGACGCCGCCCUCGCCUCACAUCUCUUGGCAACCGACUGUUGGCAGGACAAUUGGAAAGCACCUAUCAGAUGAAUGACCUCAUCAUCGCUCAGCGUAUCAAGCCACCCUUGCAGCACUGAUGAGGAUGCUGCGCCAUCGUGUGGCUGCCGCGUCAAUGAAAGGCGGCUCAGCACCCGCUGAGCCGGACCAGGAUCAUGCGGCAAGAGUAACUCUUCCGGCGGAAUGCCAAUGAAGCCACAUGCCCUCUCAUAAGCCACAUCAAUCCUCUCCCCGAACGCCCUCUCCUCCUUUUCGCUCCCAAACAAAGCCCGGGAUUCAUCAGCGUGAUUCACUUGCCGUUGGCCAGGCAGUUUGUCGUCGUCAGAAAGGGCGGCUUCAUCGUCAGAUCCGCCAUUGCAGUUGUCCUUCAUGCAGGGAAGGCAAAGCUCGUACGCCAGGUCGCGUGUGUGGGUGCAGAUAAGCAGAUGGCUGUCGGCCUUUGAAGCAAAGAUGGAGUGGCGGGGAUCCAGAGGGCACGGGAUGCGGUCUUCGGGGCGAUGCACAGAGCAAAAGUCGCUUCCCUCGACAGCCGGGAACGUGCACUUUCUCUGCCGAGCGACCAGGAAGAACUCACACUGCCGAGCCAUCCGGAUUCAUGAACGAAUUCAAAGAUCAGGCACCUGACCGUCCUCCUCGCAGCCAAUGCAGCGCGGGGGACGCCAGUCGGAGACCAUUUCUAAGCUCGCAGAAGGCGAAAAAGCUCGCGCAGAAAAAAAUCUCGGCGCGCGAGACGGGACGAGAAAAAGAACCAUCUACACAAUUUCCAGGCAUUUCGGGCAUUCUACGGCUCUUCUGCCUUCCUCCCGCCACAUCUCCUCCGUAUCCUUGUCUUUUUGCCUGGUCUUUGUCGUAUGCAGCCUGCCUCAUCCCAUCCCAACGCCGGCCCUCUUGCGCGACGUCGGCCGCCACUUUUUUCGUCCACCUGCCUUCCCAGCAAGGAGACCUCAGCGCCGCGGAUUCUGCCG